AUGAUUAGACAAAUCAUUAAUAAAGCUAAUAACCAACAAGUUGUCAGAAGAACUUUCUGUACAUAUUUUGAAAAAAGAAAUAAUAAUACACCAUACAGCACAGAUCCAAUUGUUGAUGUAAACGAAAAGAAAAAUAACGUUAACAAAUAUUUCGAAACAUAUAGCAAACACAAAACCUAUGUUUCAUUUUUAGAUAAAAAUUCAAUUACUACACCAGCAGUUAAAGGUCUUUAUCCAAGAAGUGGUUUAGAAGAAUUUGUAGCUCCAUCAGCAUCAGUUAUUGGUAAUGUUAAUUUAGGAAAUUGUUCAAGUGUUUGGGAUCAUUGUGUUUUAAAAGCUGAUGUCAAUUACAUUCACAUUGGUAACUUUACCAACAUUCAAGAUGGUACUGUUAUUAGAGAAGCUACUGAACCAUUAUCCAUCGACCAUAAUGGUAGUACUAUUAUUGGUGACAAUGUUACCAUUGGUCAUGGUUGUAUUUUAGAAGCUUGCACUGUCGAAGAAAAUUGUUUAAUUGGUAUGGGCUCAAUUUUAGAACCAGAAUCAUAUGUUGAAGCCUAUUCAAUUGUUGGUGCUUCAUCAAUUGUUACCAAAGGUACCAGAAUCAAAUCUGGUCAAUUAUGGGUUGGUAAACCAGCUAAGUUUGUCAGAGAAUUAUCAGAACAAGAAAUUAUUGAUAUCGGUAAUCAUGCCAACUCAUACGUUCUCAAUGCUGAACAAGCUAGAGCAUCAUUUAAUUUAGAUAACGAUUCAUUCCUUUACGCCCAAGCUGAAGAACAAGGUAUUUCUGUUGGUUGGAAAGGUGAAUACUUCCCAGAAGCAGAAGAACCAAAAAAUUAA